UCCAUCAUCACUUUUUCUGUGUGAUGAUAAGACCCACAACAACCUCAAUGAAGAAUCCAGUCCGUUUCAGAUUGGUGAUGUUUGUGUUGUAUGUGUUGCCGCAGCUGGUUGUUAAUGGAGAACAGGAAAUGAGAUGCAUUCCAAGGGAGAGAGAAGCACUGCUACAAUUCAAGGGUGCCAUUGUUGAUAACUACGGCAUGCUCUCCUCUUGGACCACUCCAGACUGUUGCCAGUGGGAGGGGAUUCGCUGCAGCAACCUCACCUCUCACAUUCUUAGCCUCGACCUUCAUGGAGACUAUGCAGAACCCUUUGUACGUUAUAUGAGCGGAGAGAUCCACAAGUCGUUGAUGGAGUUGCAACAAUUAGAGUAUUUGAAUCUCAGUUCCAAUGAUUUUCGGUGGAGUCCCUUUCCAGAGUUUUUUGGUUCUCUAAAAAACUUGAAAUACCUUGAUCUGUCGUUAAGUUAUUUUAAUGGAGAAAUUCCAAGUCAGUUUGGCUCUCUUUCUCAUUUGAAAUACUUAAAUCUUGCACUCAAUUCUAUGAAGGGUUCAAUUCCUCGUGAGCUUGGAAAUCUCUCCCAGUUGCAGUAUCUUAAUCUUUCCUACAAUUAUUUUUAUGGAAAUAUACCAUCUGAACUUGGAAAUCUCUCCCAGUUGCAGUAUCUUGAUCUCAAUAGAAAUAUUUUGGUAGGUAGUAUACCAUCUCAACUUGGAAAUCUAUCCCAGUUGCAAUAUCUUGGUCUUUAUAGCUACACAAGUUUAGAAGGAAGUAUACCAUCUCAGCUUGGAAAUCUCUCCCGGUUGCAGGAGCUCUAUCUUGCACGAUAUAAUGCUCUCAAUAUAGACGACGGAGGUCAGUGGCUAUCCAAUCUCAUUUCUUUAACUCAUCUUUAUUUGGAGUCUGUACCAAAUCCUAAUACUUCUCAUAGUUGGUUGCAAGUGAUAUGGAAGCUACCCAAACUUAGAGAACUAAGUUUAAUUCGUUGUAGCCUUUCCGAUGAUUUCAUUCAGUCAUACAUGCCUUCUAAGUUCAAUUCUUCUACUUCCCUCUCGGUCCUUGAUCUUUCUGUGAACUCCUUCAAGUCACCAACAGUAUUCCAGUGGGUGUCAAACAUCACUUCCAACCUUGUUGAGCUUGACCUUAGUCGUAACCUCUUGGAGGGUUCCACAUCAAGUCAUUUUGUCAUGCUCAUGAAUUCUCUUAGGCACCUUGACCUCUCCUUUAACUAUUUCAAGGCCGGGGAUUUGAAAUCCUUCAUUAAUAUAUGCACCUUACAUUCUUUAAAUAUGGUUAGAAAUAAUUUGACCGAAGACCUUCUCUCCAUUCUCGGUAAUUUGUCCAAUGGUUGCGUUAGACACUCAUUGCAAGAAUUAGAUCUAACAGAUAAUAACAUCACUGGCACUUUGUCUGACAUUUCAGUAUUCUCCUCUUUGAAAUCAUUGUUUCUUGAUAGAAAUCGGUUAAGUGGAAGGAUACCCGAAGGUGUGAAGUUACCAUCUACUUUGGAGGAUUUGUCAAUGAGCUCAAAUUCAUUACAAGGUGGAAUUCCAAAAUCAUUUAGGGAUGCAUGUUCUUUGCAAUCAUUUACCAUAUCUGAUAAUAGCUUGAGUGUUGAGCUUCCAAUGAUAAUUUCUCACUUGUCUGGAUGUGCUAGAUAUUCGUUGCAAGUAUUAAAUCUACAUGGUAAUCAAAUCAAUGGCACACUACCUGACUUCUCAACAUUCACAUCUUUAAAAGAUUUAUCUCUUUCUGAAAAUAAGCUAAAUGGAGAGAUUCCUAAGAACAUUCAAUUUCCACCUAAAUUGGAGGACCUCGACAUCUCUUCAAAUUCUUUAAAGGGUAUGCUUACUGACUACCACUUUGCUAAUAUGUCUAAGUUAAAUAACUUGGACUUAUCUGACAACUCAUUGAGUUUGGCAUUUACCCAAAAUUGGGUUUCACCUUUUCAGUUGGUGGUGAUAAAAUUGAGAUCCUGCAAGCUAGGUCCAACAUUUCCCAAAUGGUUGCAAACUCAAAACAAAUUUGUUGAUAUUGAUAUUUCAAAUGCUACAAUAUCAAGUAUUAUUCCUGAAUGGUUUUGGGCUAAAUUACCACAACAAAAAGUGAUCAGAAUGAAUAUUUCAUACAACAAUCUACAAGGUAGAAUUCCAAAUGCUUCAUCAACGUAUUCUAGAUCCAUGUCCCUUGAAUCAAAUCAAUUUGAAGGUUCUAUUCCUCUGUUCCUACGGAAUUCUGAAAUUCUUGAUUUUUCAAAAAAUAAAUUCUCAAAUCCUCUUUCUUUUUUAUGUGGAAAUGGAACCAUCCAAGAUUUAUACUAUUUAGACCUUUCACAUAAUCAAUUAUUCGGUCAAAUCCCAGAUUGUUGGAGACAAUUCAACUCACUAGUUUAUUUGGAUUUGAGCCACAACAACUUCUCAGGAAAAAUUCCUACUUCAAUAGGAUCACUUCUUGAUCUUCAAGCAUUGCGGUUGAGAAACAACAAUUUAGUAGAAGAAAUCCCUUUCUCCUUAAGGAAUUGCCCAGAGCUAGUAAUGCUUGAUUUGUCAGAGAACAAAUUAUCAGGAUCUAUCCCUGAUUGGAUUGGGACAAAAAGUAAAUUACAAAUUUUAAGUUUGGGAAAUAAUCAAUUCUUUGGGAGUUUAACAUUAGAGGUUUGUUGUCUCAAAAACAUUCAGGUCUUGGAUCUCUCAAUAAACAACUUAUCUGGAAAAAUUCCUAAAUGCAUAAAAAAUCUUACUUCAAUGGCUCAACCGACAUCUUCAAUAUAUGGUGGAGAUCACUCAUAUCUUUCCAAGCAUAGUUUUUUUAUAAUCAGUGGUGGAUACGAUUUGAAUGCAUUGUUAACAUGGAAAGGUUCUGAACAAAUGUUUAUGAAUAAAGGUUUGUCACUUUUAAAAAGCAUUGAUCUUUCAAGCAAUCGUUUCUCAGAAGAAAUUCCAGUAGAAAUAGAAAAAUUAUCUGGACUGAUCUCAUUGAACUUAUCAAGAAACAAUUUGAUUGGAAAAAUUCCUUCGAACAUUGGAAAGCUAGCAUCACUUGAUUCUCUUGAUUUGUCCAGAAACCGACUUGUUGGUUCAAUUCCUCCAAGUCUUGCUCAAAUUUAUGGACUUGGUGUGUUAGAUUUGUCUCAUAACCAUCUAAGUGGAGAAAUUCCUACAAGCACACAAUUACAGAGUUUCAAUAAAUCUAGUUAUGAAGAUAAUCUCGAUCUUUGUGGACCACCACUUGAAAAAUUGUGUAUUGGUGGGGAACCAACACAAAAACCAAAUGUCAAUGUUUAUAAAGAUGAAUACUCAAUUUUUAGUAGUGAGUUUUUCAUGAGUAUGGGAAUUGGAUUUGCUCUAAGUUUUUGGACGGUGUUUGGCUCAAUUUUAUUCAAACGUUCUUGGCAACAAUCCUAUUUCAACUUCUUGAACAACUUAAAAGACAAUGUUUAUGUCAAAAUAGCAAUCUUUGCAAGAGUACUUAAGCGGGAUAAAGAGUAAC